ACAACAAAUUGUGUUCUCGUAGAUAAGUCGAAGGAGAAUCUUUCGUGAAGGCCAUAUAUUUUGGAUGUAGAAAGUGAUAUUAUCGCCUUUAUCAGCGUACAGAUAAAUUACGUACUGACAGAGUGGCAAGUUCCUAAAUCGAUAAUGCAGAUAAGAACAAUCUGACUCGACAGCAACAGGUGUCGUAUCAUUUGCUUCAGUGCGUUGUACGUAUGCCGCAUACCAUCCUUGGGCAAAGAGAAAGAGUUAUACAGGAUGUCAAAGUCAGAUCAGCCCAAAAUUGGUAGAACAGGGAGAGCCAAAGGAUUGAGGCGAUGGGAUAAAAUUGAAAACAGGAUGUUAAAUAGGUGGCAUAAAAUGUUCAAGGACCAGUUUAAACAUUUUCCAGAUGAAUGGAUGCUUACAGUAACUGAAGAAUGUCCCCAAUCAAAUGAAUGGGGAAAUUCAUUACAGGAGAGGCUAAGCAUGGCCUGCAAAUGCAAGGAUUGUGGCCAUAUUUGGGUAACAGAUACUGGUGUUGUUUAUUUUUACUACUCAUUGGUGAACUAUGUAGAUUCUGAAAAUGAAGGAAAGGUGAUUGUUUGGGUAAAACAAGAGUUAUGUCCCAACAAGGAAAGCUGUGGCUCCAUUAAGAUGCCUUUAAUUGACGUUUACCAAGACGAAGUGGAGGCCGUAGUCUCAUACCUGAAGAUGCAAAUUGGGUGGUUGUUUUACGAAUGCCAAUACACAGAGAACGACGAAACUUCCAUCGAAAACCGAAGAAAAUUUCGCGGGGGGAGAUUGAAGAAGGGAGAAAAAAGCAAGGCUCUACGAAAUAAUGUGAGUGUGAUACCCGAGACCGUGACAUUAGAAGGAAAUGUCGCUUCCUGUGGUCAUUCACCUCCCGUCAAACCCGAUAUUCAUCUGAAACCGCGAAAUCUUAAACCAAAUCAGUUGCCAGAAAAACAACCGAUUGAAACUAACCGUUACACAAAAUUGAAAACCCGAUGGGAUAAAACUCCAAAGCAAAUCCAAACCGAGUGGGAGCUGAGUUUUCAUGGCAAGUUUGAUCGCUUUACCAACAAAAAUCCCUCAGAUAAGUGGAUUAUGAGCCUGGAGAAGGUCACCAAGGAUCAUCCUCUUAGACGAGAAAAGAAAUGGGAACAUUUCCUUGGAGAGAAAGUGGAGGCGGGGUUUAGAUGCCCGAAAUGCGGAUACGUUUGGGAAUCGAAAAGGGGUUGGGUAAGCUUCUGGAUUUGGCAAAACCCACCUAACAGCGAGGGAAUACGUAUCGGCGAGGUAGCUGUUCAUGUGCUGGGUCAAAAGUGUCUUAAAUGCCCCGGCACUACAAAUGGUAAAGAGUACUAUACAGGAGACUUGCAGCCGGAAGAAAUUGAUGUGGUUUUGGAUUAUCUAUAUAUGGAGAUUGACUACUAUUAUUACAACAACUGUUCAUACACUCACCAAGAUGAAGAAGUAAUAGAGAACAGAAGGAUGAAAGCUCCUGUGAAUUAUUUUGGUAGAGCGGAACAUAAAAAAACACUAUGCCAACCUUGUCAACAAAAAGUAUGUAAGAAAAAAGUAUACGGUGCUUAUCCCGGUCCAGUUGUGCCCCCACCAGGGCACGUGUUAUAGAUGUACAGUUGCGACUUCCAAUAACGGGGAUCGCGGCAUUGGACUUUGGAGAGUUGUCAAUACAGUUUUAAAAAAUUUGA